GAUUGAGCAGACAGCGGGAGCAACACAUCCCCGUAGACGACAGCUAUGGCAUUUUGACUUGCUGGGUUUCACUAAAAACGCUCGCCAGCCGGCAAAUUUUUCUUUCAAACGUGUAAUCAAUUAAAUUUCAUAUGCUAUACAUGCAUGCAUAUAUAGUAUACAGUUACUCGGUAUAAGUUUAUGCGAAAAAUUCUUUAAGUGUCAACAACAGUUACAUAACCACACCGACACGUAGUGAUAAAAUAGUGUGAAAACAAAUGAACUAACUGAAAACAAUAGCAAAACAAUUAUGGCGAAAUCAAUGUUAUGGAUUUAUUUUUUGCUGGCAUUGGCGGUCUCUCACCCCAAAAUCGUCGCUGGCGGUCGCAUACUCGGCUUGUUUCCUCACUUUGGCUACAGUCAUUUCAAAGUAUUUUUUCCAUUAUUACGCACCUUGGCGGAGCAUGGUCAUCAGGUCACUGUGGUGACACACAUAAAAGCGCAGGAUAACACCACCAGCAACUAUGAAGAAUUGCUGUUAGCCGGUCAAAAGACUAUCAAUUUGGUCACAUUUAAUGACGUUCUGCCGCGUCGUCCGUUACACUAUCUCCUUUUGGAAGCAGAGGCAUUGCACCGAGAGGGACAGAAAGCCUGCAAGCUAUUCUAUGAGAGCGGUCAUGUUGAUACGAUACUUAAACAACACGAACAACAACCAUAUGAUUUGGUGAUAACAGAGUACUUCAAUACGGAUUGCCAGUUGGCUAUACCUUAUCUGUUAGAAGUACCGAUAGUGGGCCUAAGUAGUUGUAUACUAAUGCCUUAUUUCUACGACCGCAUUGCGUUACCUGAUUUCCCCUCGCAUGUACAAUCGGAAUUUGUCGGCUUUCCGGAAGAGUUGAACUGGCAUGAACGUCUGUUGAACUUCGUACAAGCGCAUGUGAUUAAGAACCUUUAUCGUUAUCGCACUAAUUAUUACGAUCGCAAAUUGAUCAACAAGUAUCUGAAUGUGGACUUUGAUGUUGAUGAUUAUGCCAAGCAAAGCACCAGCUUCAUUUUGGUCAAUCAACAUUACACCUUACACGGUAAUAAACCGUUAACGGCGCAAUUGAUCGAAAUGGGUGGUAUACAUAUUGAUGAGACUGCAGUAAAUGCUACUUUACCGGAUGAAAUUGAGAAGUUUCUUAAAAAUGCACCAGCCGAAGGUGUGCUCUUCUUCAGUUGGGGUUCUAUGGUGCGCUCGUCCAGCAUGCCCAGUGAGAAAGUACAAACAAUAGUGAAAGUACUCGAACAACAACCGCUCAAUGUGAUUUGGAAAUGGGAGACUGACGAAGUGCCAACAAAAAGUAAAAAGUUCCUUUUCGUUAAAUGGGCGCCACAAUUUAGUCUGAUCUGCCAUCCAAAGGUGAAGCUAUUUUGGGGACAUGGCGGUCUACUCGGCACCACUGAGAAUAUAUACUGUGGCAAACCGUUAAUCGUCACACCACUUUACGGUGAUCAAAGCUCAAAUGCUUAUGCUGUACAAAACCGUGGUAUUGGCACUAUACUGUUCUUCGACGAUAUCAAUGAAAAGAAUUUACAGGCGACGCUUAAAGAAAUGCGCCGCAAGAGCAAUGCUGAGAAUGCUGCCGCGUUGUCACACUUAUUCCGCCAUCAAGACAUGAAACCGCUGGAUCGAGCCGUGUGGUGGGUGGAACAUUUGUUGCAGGAGAAUGGCAAAAUGGCACAUAAAUUGCUGCAGACAAAGGCGGUGAAACUUAAUUGGUUCGUCUACUAUUCACUGGACAGCGUGUGCAUUAUAUUGUUCGCGCUGGCGGUGUUCUACUUCAUUUUACGCGCGAUUUUGCGACGUUUGAGCGGCCUUUUCAAAGGAGACAAACAAAGUGUCAAAGUGAAAACGAAAAAUAAAAUAUAUAUAAUUUUAGAGAUAUUUCGGUUACAAAUCAUCAUCAGUUAUGCUUAUAAACGCAUAGAAAUAUUGGUCUUUAUAAUUGUACUGACCACUUCAAUUAACCCCAUAUUAAUAGCUGAUGGCAGUCGCAUACUCGGCAUAUUUAACUAUAAUGCCUACAGUCACUUCAAGGUUUUCUAUCCACUUUUACGCAGACUGGCCGAAAAGGGUCAUCAAGUCACAGUGUUGACCCAUGUAAAAGCGCUGGAUAGGAUAAAGCCACAGAACUAUACGGAACUGCUGUUGCCUGGCGGUUUGAGAACUAAUAAGGUUACAUUUAAAAAUAUAUUUCCACGUCGAAACUUGCUUAAUAUCUUCAGAGAUAUGGAUUAUAUGCACAAUGAGGGAUUGUCACACUGUGAACUCCUGUAUGAAAGUGGCCAUGUCGAUACGAUUUUAAAAAGUCACGAACAGCAACCGUUCGAUUUGGUCAUCACCGAAUAUAUGAAUUCGGAUUGUCAAUUGGGUAUACCGUAUUUGUUGCAAGUACCUGUGGUGGGUAUGAGUAGUUGUGUAUUAAUGCCCUACCACUUUGAUCGUAUUGCAUUGCCUGAUUUUCCGUCGUAUGUUCAAUCGAAAUUAGUCGGCUUUCCGGAAGAACUGAAUUGGUAUGAACGACUGUUGAAUUUUCUGCAAAUUAAACUGGUGAAUUUUUCAUAUCGUUAUCGUACAAAUUAUCACGAUCGCAAAGUGAUCAAUAAAUAUCUUCAUGUGGAUUUCGAUAUUGGUUAUUAUGCCAAGCAAAGCACCAGCUUAAUUUUAGUUAAUCAACAUUACACACUACACGGUAAUAAACCGUUAACGUCACAAUUAAUCGAAAUAGGUGGUAUACAUAUUGAUGAGACUGCAGUAAAUGCUACUUUACCGGAUGAAAUUGAGAAGUUUCUUAAAAAUGCACCAGCCGAAGGUGUGCUCUUCUUUAGCUGGGGUUCUAUGGUGCGCUCGUCCAGCAUGCCCAGUGAGAAAGUACAAGUAAUAGUGAAAGUACUCGAACAACAACCGCUCAAUGUGAUUUGGAAGUGGGAGACUGAUGAAGUGCCAACAAAAAGUAAAAAGUUCCUUUUCGUUAAAUGGGCGCCACAAUUCAGUCUGAUCUGCCAUCCUAAGGUGAAACUAUUUUGGGGGCAUGGUGGUCUACUCGGCACCACUGAGAAUAUAUACUGUGGCAAACCGUUAAUUAUCACACCGCUCUUCGCAGAUCAAAGCGUAAAUGCUUACGCUGUACAAAAUCGUGGUGUGGGCACAAUUUUUUUAUUUGACGAUAUCAAUGAAAAGAAUUUAAAGGCGACGCUUAAAAAAAUGCGCCGUAAGAGUUAUGCUGAGAAUGCUGCCGCGCUGUCACACUUAUUCCGCCAUCAAGACAUGAAACCUCUGGAUCGAGCCGUGUGGUGGGUGGAACAUUUGUUGCAGGAGGAUGGCAAAAUGGCAAAUAAAUUGCUGCAGACAAAGGCGGUGAAACUUAAUUGGUUCGUCUACUAUUCACUGGACAGCGUGUGCAUUAUAUUGUUCGCGCUGGCGGUGUUCUACUUCAUUGGACGCGCGAUUUUAAGAUGUUUAUGCGGCCUUUUUAAACAAAGUGUCAAAGUGAAAACGAAAUAAUAAACAAAUUGUUCGUAGAUUUUAUUACAUUUAAAUAAUAAAUUAAUUAAGCGAAAAUAAAUUAUUUGGUUCAAAAUAAUUUGGAACAAAAUGCAUUUUUUUACAGCGUGCACCACUAGUUUAUAUCGGUUUAGUUUAGUUUAUGUUUAUUUAUGUUAAAUAUCGUGGUGGUAUAGUGUUGAUGGACAUGGAUGGAUUGUGUUGUUGAGGUAGUCAUUCUUCCCAGAUUAUACUUUGCUUUUGAAAUUCAGACAUAAAACGAAGUCAGCGGUUCUGAAACCUGGAGAUCUUGAACUGACUAUUUUUAUGCGGAAUGUCAGUUUCUGCAUCGUUUAUUUAAAGUGACUCAGAACUACAAAUAAUAUUUGUCAGACUUCUUAUGACAUACCACCAAAGUGGGUUAUUUUUUAUAGUUCGUUAAUCCAGAAGGUUAAGUUCAAGGUGAUUUCUUUCUAUCGUCUUUAAAGUAGUAUUUGUAGAUGUUAUCAAUGUUUUUGGGAAGUCCUGAUAUGGUUAAUUAUGUCAAUUUAUAAUCAUAAUUGCUUUUGCGAUAUGGUUUUACUGUCUGUCGACCCUUGUUUUUUCUGAAUGAUCCUAAUAAAUCCGAAUUUUCUCAUAUCAGAAGAUAUAGCUAAUGAAAUUAUUGAAAUCUCUUUGUAGUCUGUUUUCGCAUUAUCAUAAGCUUAUAUAGUGCCGCUAUUGGAAAGUACCAUGUUCACUAAAUUUUAUAAUUUUUUAAUCUCACUUGUUUAUAAAAGAAGUCAUAAAUUGGGCAGUAUUCGAUGUGAUCACUUCUAAAAAUUCGAUAUACGUUUUGUUGUUAAGUGGUUAGGUCGUAUUCCAUAUCUAAAUUGCUAUUAGGAGACAUAUUUUAUGCCUUUUAGUAACCGUUUAUUUAUCUUGGUAACCGUUAUAUUAUUACUAACGCAGUUAUUGUACAAAUAGAAAUGAAAACAUAUUAAAACUGAUCUAAGUUAAUAUCCGCUUACCCACAUUUUCGUUCAGAUCUGCUUGCUGAUGACACAGGCACGCUUCGAGGAGAACUUGGACAAGUUCAUUAAAUCACGCAUAUGUGGUUUUCCAUGAGCAAUCGAAGUGAAGUGCAUAUAAAUUAUAAUUGUAUAUAGUGUUUUAUUUGAAUAUGAGGUGUCAAGCAAGUGUUAUAACACUGCAUUGUAAAUACGCAUAAAAUCUCGCGAGUGUGUGUAAAUGUGAAAGUAAUUGAAGGUGGAGCACAUGAAAUCAAUAAUCAAAAUAGCCAAUGCAAAUCUAUUAAUAGAUAUUUAUACGCACAAGCGCAGCAUCGCAGCGAGAAGGUGAACAAGCACUCACAAUUGACGUCACACAUGGACCGUAUGACAACGUCGUCGUCGCAAAAUCCCUUCUAAAUAAAUAUAAAUAUUUUUGUUCUUAUUAUGAUUGGAUGAAAGAUGGGAAGCAAUCAAUUAUCUAAUAAAUGCAAUGUCAUAUUCAUGAUACUCGGUAUAAGUGUGUGUUAGAAUUUCUAGUAUAGCAAUGGUGUAUCGAAAAUGACCAUGACAAUGACAAUGACAGUGACAAAGCACAGUUCUUUAUAAGAGCUUUUAAACAAGGUAAACUCUAAGUGUGCUCUAAAAUAAAUCGAUUUAUUAUAAUUUUACAUAUUUUUCAAUUCCAAAAUUUCGAAUCUUUUUUUAUCGCUUUUGCUAGAGCUUACACAAUGCAGACAAUGAAAUUUCUAGGCGAACACUAGGAUUGUUCUACAUUUUUUCUCUGCGUGGAGAUUUAAAGCUUGUUGAUAUGUUAUGUCGCGUUUCGUUUUAAGAGAAUGACAUUUCGAUAGUUCUGUCAUAAGCCAGCAGUUGUCUUUUAUAUUUGUUGUCUUAUUGCCGUCUUUUAUACUUUCAUUUAGAUUAAAUACCGAUAUUAUUUCAAUUUUAUUCUGGUAAAUCCGUUUAAGGAACUAGUAAUGCCUAGGAAUAACUGUGAAAGAUCGCUUUUGAAAACUCCAAUGUUUACUGUACUAAGGGUUUAUGUGUUUUAUGAUUUUUAUCUUGAAAAGUUGAAAAUUCUAUGACAAUGAGUUAAAUUAGUUUAAUUUGAUUGACGUUAAGGCAAACAUUGAGACCUCUAGUAAUCCAGCUGCUUUAAUGUAUUAAUUUGGAAAAUGAUGGAAAUCUAGAAUAGAAUUUAGCAUGAGAAUUCAGCAAAAACCAUUUGAUAGGUAUCUGAUCUGUUGUACAUAUUUACAGUACAUAUAUGAAAGCGGAACUCUAAUCACCAUAAUCCACAAAAAACCAUCCGAGUUAAGGAGAACUUCGAGUUCGCGAAGUUCGAGUUACGGAAGUUUAACUGUACUAUUUAUUUAUUUAUUAAAUUCAUAUUUUUUUCUUCUCUGGGGUUUUUUUAUACCCUGAACAGGGUUUAUUAAGUUUGUCACGAAGUUUGUAAAACCCAGAAGGAAGCGUCGGAGGCCCUAUAAAGUAUAUAUAUAAAUGAUCAGUAUGUUGAACUGAGUCGAUUUAGCUAUGUUCGUCUGUCUGUCCGUUCGUCCGUCUGUCUGUCUGUAUAUAUACGAACCUGUCCUUCAGUUUUUAAGAUAUCGUUUUGAAAUUUUGCAGAUGUUAUUUUCUCUUCAAGAAGCUGCUCAUUUGUCGGAACUGCCGAUAUCGGACCACUAUAUCAUAUAGCUGCCAUACAAACUGAACGAUCGGAAUCAAUGGCUUGUAUGGAAAACUUCCGCAUUUUACUACAUAUCUUCACGAAAUUUGGUGUGAGUUAUUGUUCAUACAAAUAAUUUAAUCUGCGAAAAAAUUGUUCAGAUCGCUUCACUAUAGCAUAUAGCUGCCAUACUAACCGAACGAUCGGAAUCAAUGGCUUGUAUGGAAAAUUUUCGCAUUUGACGUGGUAGCUUCACGAAAUUUGACAUGCAUUACUGCUUAAGGUAAUAAUAUAAUCUGCGAAGAAAUUGUUCAGAUCGGUUAACUAUAUAACCUUAAUGUUUCUAGCAAACAACCCGGCUAAAAAGAAUUAGAAAAAUGUUUUCUUUAGAUUUGCUUAAACACAUAGUUACUAAAAGAAAUGCACCUGUGAAGAGUAUAUUAGUUUCGGUACAGCCGAAGUUAACGUUUUUUCUUGUUUUCUAUAUAAUCUUUCACUUAAACCAUUUCGAACUCUAUAAAAAUAAUGUUCUUAAUAGAACUGAUUAGUGGUUGGUUGGUCGUAAGCGGCGCUCUUAAACCAAGAAUAGGUCAAAAACUUUAAGAAUCUUUAAUAGAUUUAUAAAUUUCUGAUCAAAUCUAAUAAUUAAUUAUAAAAAUAGCUAAGUUCUUACUGCUUUAAUGAUAUGACCUUGAAAUUCCUACACUUCUCAGAGAAGAUUUAUAAUUAUAGUAUGUCAAAAAUGUCUGAAAACAAAGUCCAAAGUAAUUUAUUUUUAAUUCUUUUUUAUUUUAUUUUCUAUUCUUAAUUUGUUUGGAGCGCAAAAUUAAGUAAUAUUUCAAAAUUGUUUGCGCAUUAUAUAAAGAAGAGAUGCUGAAGUUAAUUUAUAUGUAUAAGUAAUUCAUAUGCAUAACAUAAAUAACAAAAUUUAAAUACAAAGGAAAAUACAGUAAGAGUAAUAGUUAUAGGUUAUUUGGCAGUAGCGCAUGAAGGAAGUUACAUACUUUGUAUUUCAUACCCAUUAUGAAUACAAGCGAAUAUGGUAAUACAUAUUUAAUUCUCCUCAUAAUCAUAUUCAUCGAGAUUGUCAUCGCUGCGGUUGCGUAUGAUUUUUGUGCUAUUGUUCACACUGCUGCUGCCGCUGAUGCCACCGCUGCCACUACUGCUGCUGCUGCUAAUGCCGCUAUUAUUGCCAUUUACAUUGCUGCCAAUGUUGGUGUUGUAUGUGUUGCUGUUGUAUUUGUUGUAGUUGUUCUUAUAGCUAGCAUCCACUGCGCUUGUACUUCCACCAUAACUGGUUGUGGACGUGUUAUUCUUAAUGCUG